GACCGUCCCGAGCGUUGGCCGUUUGGGAAUCAUCCCAUCUAGAGCCGUGUCUAGCCGAGGUUUGUCCUCUGCACAGAGGGAAGCUGCCACCUAACCUACAACAGGUUAAAGUGUGCAUUAGGACAGGAAGAAGUUACCUACCCCACCCGCGCGCGCCAUCUAUCGUGGGGGUCCUGUGAGUAGUCGGAUCGUCGUCGAGUAGUUGCCAAUGUUGCAACAGGAUUCAACGGAGAAGCUGCUGUUUAUGAAAUCCCAGUGCAUCCAUCGGCAGUGCAACAGCGUGUGAAGGCUAUUUUUAGAGACGCAGGCAGCCCAAGAAGAAGUGUUUCAAAUAUCCUCGGGGUGCACAGAUUGGUCGUUAUUGAAACCAGGAUGGAUAUCUUAAUCGAAAAGUGAAUGGUGUGUGACACCGAAAAAAGAUAGAUAUCUGUUAGUGAAACCGUAGGUGGUUGGAGAAUGGUGUGUUGGUGUGGUCAAAUCAUGCCUUGAAGGGCAAGUGCAGAAAAAUUUCAAUCAGUUGGCCAGAUAAAUUGUGUAACAUUCACCUGAGUUCCCCGUUUCCAGUGGGUUGGGAGCAUCAUUUUGGAUGAAUGAAAAUGGAAAAAAAAUGCAUUGAGUGUUGCUGUCCAGUGGAUGCCAUUUGCUGCUGAAUGAGAUGACAAAGCGAGGAUUAUUAUCUAACAGCAGUGAAAGACGUUGAAGUUUGUUUGGUUUGCCAGCGCUCGAAGAAAUUGAUACGGGAGAGCAAAAGAGAACGAGAUAUCGGAAGGACACAGAUUGUCCAGCAGAAAGGAGCGCGGGCCAGCACGGGUCCGUGGACGUGCUUUCGAAAAAGGUCACAUGACAGUUCGCGAUGUGUAAAAUUCCGUUAUGGCCCUGGUUAGCCAUAGCAUGGAGACAGCUGGUGGUGCUAGUGCUGCUGCAAUUCAUCUGCGCCAGUGCCGUCCAGUCAAGUGGUUCAAGAACAAACGAUGGAAGUCCGGGACCAGGAACCGGAAGCAGCACGGGGUCCAGGGAGUCGGCCGGGUCGGGAGGAAGCGGUAGUGCUUUCCAGCUCGGAGCCAACAAACCAACUAUGGCAGCCAUCGAGGAUUCGCUGCAGACGAUCCAUGACAUUGCUACGGAAAAUUUGGGCACACUUUGCCUGACGAAGCUGUUCCGACCGCUGCAGAUAACCUUGAACCCGGAACGAUACGCGGGGGCACGACAGAAAGCUGACCUGGCCGCGGUGGUGCUCCAGGAUGUCGGAGUUGCCCGUCACAACGGUUUGUUGGAUGCCUUAGCGAAAGGAUUGCUCUCUGACGUACACGUGACGAGUGCACGGAUUCUUUCGAUUAACAUCUCCGACGGCAUUGUCACCAAUUCCGUCUGGUGGAACAAACCAGCCUCCGCAAUGGGCGGCCCAAUACGAAUAGAGGAAGAUGGGAUUGCCGUGGGAAGGAUUCCCGAUCCUAGCUAUCCUUGGUUUGAAGACGAAUCAUCUUCACCAGGGCUGCGAUCGCCCAAGUUUGCUCCUUCACCACUUAACAUAUCCUUCAAGGGAUGGUGGACUUAUCCUUACUAUUCCUGUAGUCACAAACGGUGGAUCCUUUCGUAUAGCGUUGCCAUACCUCCGAUGGGGCGACAUGGAUUGAGAGGGUUCCUCAGUAUCGACAUCGACAUCUCGGACCUUCAGGUCAACCAGUGUAACAAUCCGAACAAACUGGAAAUCAUGAGCUACAAUCAACACCUCAGACAAUACUAUCCCUUCGUGCGGAACUCCAAACCCACCGAAGAGGAGCAAUACAGCCAGAUCGAAGCGUUUCAUGGGUCGCACAAAUGCCACGUCCACAGUAUGCGCUGCGUUUACCGACCAGUGACGAUGAAUGUGGCCACAGCAGUCAAUUUAAACUACAAUCACUAUAGCAACACUAGUAGUUACACUAAUGGUAGCAGCGGGGCUGGACCCGCUAUUAUCAGCAAGAACCUAAGGGUCAUCAGUGGGUGGAAACGAGGCGCGUAUGAGUGCAAAUGUAAGGAUGGGUUCUACUCCGGUCCGCAUCCGCAGGGCUUCAACGGUAGCAUUAUGGAAGUUGCCUAUCAGGAGUACCGGGAAAACAUCAGCAGCUUCUUCAUGGAUUCGUUCGUGUGCUUGCGAUGUGCACCAGGCUGUGCAACCUGCACCGGGCCGGAUCCCUGCUUGGCCAGCUACAACUGGGUUUUCAGAACCACCCUCCUAACGUUCUCGGUGAUGUGCGCCGGGUUCACCAUCGUGCUCGCACUGUACAUGUACCAGCACCGCAAAAUCAAGGUCUUCAAGGUGGCUAGCCCGAUCUUUCUCACCAUUACCCUGCUGGGUUGUGCCUUCAUGUAUCUGGAGAUGGCCGCCAUCUUUCCGAUCCUGGACACCUAUUCCUGCAUAGCUACCAAGUGGACCCGCCACAUGGGCUUCUGUGUCACCUACACGGCCCUGCUGAUGAAAACGUGGCGCGUAUCGUUGACCUAUCGUGUCAAAUCGGCUCACAAGGUCAAACUGACCGACAAACAGUUGCUCCAGUGGAUGGUACCGAUUCUGCUGGUGAUGUUCAUCUACCUAGGAACUUGGACUCUGUCGGCGCCACCAACGGCGGAGAAAAUAGUCGAUCAGAAUGGACUCAUCUUCAAACAGUGCUCCUACAACUGGUGGGAUCACAGUUUGGCCAUCGGCGAGGUGCUGUUCCUGGCAUGGGGCAUCCGCGUUUGCUACAACGUCCGGAAUGCCGAGUCACUCUACAACGAGGCCCGGCUCAUCUCGUAUGCCAUCUACAACAUCGCGCUCGUCAACACCACCAUGGUUGCGUUCCAUUUAUUCUUCUUCCCACAAGCCGGGCCCGAUAUAAAAUAUCUGUUGGGCUUCAUCCGGACACAGCUCAGCACAUCCGUAACGAUAGCGCUCGUGUUUGGACCAAAAAUUUUGCGGAUACUGCGUGGACAGGGCGACCAGUGGGAUCAACGAGCCCGGAAACGGGGAAUAACCGCAUCGUUUUCUCUCAACGGCAUCGGUUUGGUUCCGGAGGAAACCGCAGACCUCUACCAGGAAAAUGAAGAGCUGAAGGAAGAAAUUCAGAAACUCGCUGCUCAAAUUGAAUUUAUGAGGAUUGUUCACAUGGAGAUGAACAAUCGACAUCUGAAGCCAAAACCGGGGGGUUACUUUACACUGAAAAGUCCACUCGGAAAGAGUAUUGGUGGCAGUGGACUACACUCAUCGCACAAGCACAAAUAUCCGAAGGAGGACUCACUCAAGGAAACCAGCGGCAUCACCGAGGAUGGCCACAGCGGAACCAACAGCUGCUACUCCGGCACGGCCAAUUCCGUUGGCUUCUCAUCAACCUCCCAGCAACAACAACAGCAUCAAUCCCAGCAACAGUCUAACGGGACCGAAAGGGUAUGACAUGGCUACCGAGGUGGACGAGAUUGCUCAGCCGCACCCGUCGUCGUCAUAAUCACAACCCCACCGCAAAGCACCACCUCCCGAAAGGGAUUGCCACCCGCCAACGGAACUCCCCCUUCGUCAUCUUCCCCAACGUAUACAGCGACUGACAGCACCAACCACAACGACAGCAUCAACAUGAAUUACAAUCUUCGUCAACGCAGCCGUGAAAAUGUCCCCCCAGGCGGUACUAUCCAAAGUUGCAGUAUCAGCACAAGCAGCAGUAGCAGUAAUAAUAACCAAUCCGAAUCGGAACACCCGGCCCAAACAACGUUGUCCCAUUCCGAAGAACUCCAGGAGCAGCAUUAUAAUCGAAUCAACAACAAUCACGUAAUUGAUGGAGCUGCAGGGCUCGGCGAUGACCAGCUAGGCUCUUCCGGGGCAACGGUGACCGGCGACGACUCCGAGCCUAAUUCCAUCACAAAUCCUACCCUCACCCAAACGUCCCACAACAGCAAUGAAUCACCGAGUAAAACUGUUGACAGCAGAAUCCCUGUUUAUGUUUGAUAGUGAAGUUAUGUGCAGUUGGUGUGAUCCUUGAAAAAUUAAGGGCAAUGCCAAGUCCAGUCAGCGUCUGUUGCUACAUCAAUGUUGAUCACCGGAGUAAUUGGUUGUAAAGACUAAUUCUUCGAAGUACCUAUCGACUGCAAUGCUUCUCGAGCCAUGUAACGGAACACUAGUACGAGAUUCACUGAAAACUGUCUCCUGUCGAUUGUUGUAACAACGAAGCUAGUAACACAUUGACCGUGGUGGUGACGAUGAGCACAAAGAACGAUAAUGGUGAUGAUGAUAAUGCUGGGAAUGUUUAUCAUUACUAUCAUCAUCAUUAUUCACCCUGAUACGCGGUGGAUGGAACGUGUACGAUAGCUUGUUGUGUAAAUUGUCUCCUCAUCUUGGCCAUACACUAUCCCGCCGGUUCACCGGAUCCGUGGGUGGAAAGAAGCUGAAAACCAAUUUGUCAGCAUGAUGUCGGAAGUUGCCCAUGGACCUCCCAUCAGGCUUCCGCUUUGAUGAUGAGCAACAGCGCGCUACAGCUUUUUUAAAUGCUUUUUGAAUGUCACCAUCCACUUCUGCUUCUGCUGGCUGGUCGUUGUCGUUCAUAGCGUUCGAGCUAUGCAUCCUAGGUUACCCAACGCGAACAUAUGAGAAACUGCCAACACGAUGCAACACCCCAAAUCAAUCCGAUUUCGGCCCACCGUAGAGUUGCCGCAAGUAAGCAGAUCAAAGUCGAGAGCAAACGAGAACGAGUAGCAUAGAAUGAUGAAGGGAGGUAACAAGGGAUAUUUAAUCCACUGAAGCUUAAUCCAAAUAUGAAUUAUAAGUUGAUGCAGAAGGCAAAAAUGUGUUCCAUGUUUCAACGUUCCACUGCAAUGUGUGAGAGGUGUUUGGAGAGAUUAUGUGUAAAACCUUUAUGAGUAGGUAUUUUUACUAAUUGUAUGCAUAGCUCUAUCAGUUUUAUGGCGUAUCAAGUAUUUAUUUCUCUCACGUAUUGGAGAUUUUAUUGACGUGUUAGAAAAUCGAAAGAUGCAUUGUUGAAAACAUACAUCUGUUAUUGUGUAUGCGUUUAAAGCGCAUCGUAUUUAAAUUGUAUAAGAUAAGAGAAAUAACCAACUGAUCUAUUAAUAGUAUAAAUCAAACUCGAGAUGAAAUAAUAAACAUACAAAAAUCGUUAAAAACAAUAAUAUUAAAGAAAAACUCUAAAGCCCUGUUGAGCUAUCAGUUAGCGAUAGAAGACUAAAUGUACAAGUGUUUAAUUCAUGGAAUCAAAUGUGCGAAGAUAUAUUUGUACAAUAAAAAAAUGGAAACAAA